GGUGGGAGGUAGGCGAAAGCUUUGAAGAGCCAUGCUAAUUCUGAGCCAAGCUCCCGCCGGAGCCUUAUCGGCCACCUGUUCCCGCAAGCCCCCUCUCAAAUUCACCAACCCGAACCCGCCAAUCUUCUCGACCCGAAAACCUAAAUUCGUUUCCACACCCAACUCCUCCAAGUCCCUCACCCUCGCUAAAGCCGUCGACGAUUCCACCUCCGCCGCCGUCAAUUCCAAACCGCCCCUCUCCACCGCCGCCAAUCCUCCGCCGUUGAACAAUGACGACCAGCCCGUCUUCGUCGGCGGCGAGAAUAUGCCCCUGGAAGGCGUCAUUCAGUUCGACAGGCCCAGCUCAUCUGCUCGUAUCAGAAAAUGGGGUAAGGUGGGAUUGCUCGCCGGCGGGGAUGUUCUGGCUUUGCUGACGUUUGCUGCUAUUGGGAGAUUCAGUCAUGGCUUCCCUGUUUUCGACUUCGAAACCCUACGCACGGCUGACCCUUUUAUUGCUGGUUGGUUUUUGAGUGCUUAUUUCCUCGGCGGGUUUGGGGAAGACGGACGGGGAACCAAUGGUCUGUCCAAGGCUGUCGUUGCUUCUGCUAAGUCAUGGGCCCUUGGAAUCCCGCUUGGGAUAGGCAUAAGGGCAUACACAGCAGGUCACAUUCCCUCCCUCAGCUUUGUGUUGGUAUCGAUGGGGAGCACUGCUGUUCUUCUUUUGGGAUGGAGGACGUUAUUGUAUAAAUUCCUUCCUGGUGAUAAGGACAAGAAGAGUGAUGUAUAUCGCCGCGGUAGCCCGUUUGAAUUGUUUGAGUUGCUCACAUCUCUAGUACGAAGAUGGUGAUGAUAUCAGUUAUUGAAUGUCCCAUAGGCGAAUACUGAUUCUGACAUCAGCUCUUCUCAUACUCAAGAAGUCGUAUGCAAAGCUAAGAGAAUAGGUUGACUCUGUAAGAAUCUGCUUCUUGUGCACUCUUUGGUUGACUGUUAACAACUGUCAAAUAAUGUGUUUAUGUUAAUGCUUUGUAUUCCAUAUAAUUUGCCGAGAAGUUGGCUUUUGACAGAGGAUCUUUCCCUUGGUCUUGCAUGGUUACAAAUAUAUCACAUAGAAUUCUAAAUUCUUGCC